GCCCGAUUGUAACUUGGGAAGGAUUUUGGUAGACUUCGUUCUUUUCUUUACAACAAACCAAAAUGCCUCGUGGUCCAAAGAAGCAUUUAAAGCGGCUAAAUGCCCCAAGUCAUUGGAUGUUGGAUAAACUUAGUGGCUCCUUUGCCCCACGACCAUCACCAGGACCACACAAGUUACGAGAGUGCCUACCACUGAUUAUAUUUCUAAGAAAUCGUCUAAAGUAUGCCUUAAAUGGUGAUGAGGCUAAAAAGAUAUUAAAGAAACGACUUAUCCAGGUUGAUGGCAAAGUCAGAACAGAUCUAACAUUUCCAGCUGGUUUUAUGGAUGUAAUCACAAUUGAAAAGACUGGGGAGAAUUUCCGUCUUCUCUAUGAUGUUAAAGGACGCUUUACAACUCAUAGAAUUCAUAGCGACGAGGCAAAGUACAAGUUAUGUCGUAUUAAGAGAAUUGCUGUCGGUGCUAAGGGUAUACCUUAUUGUGUUACCCACGAUGGUCGUACCAUUCGUUACCCUGAUCCUGUUUUGGCUAGUUAUGACACCAUCAGAGUAGACAUCAAGACAGGAAAAAUUCAGGAUUUUAUCAAGUUUGAUAAUGGAAAUUUGGCUAUGAUCAUUGGUGGCCGUAACAUGGGACGUGUUGGUAUUAUAACACAUAGGGAACGACAUGCCGGUUCUUUUGAUAUUGUUCAUGUGAAAGAUGCAAAGGGUCAUCAGUUUGCCACAAGAAUGUCCAAUGUUUUUGUAAUUGGUAAAGGCAACAAGGAAUGGGUAUCAUUGCCUAGAGGCAAAGGUGUUCGUCUCACAAUUGCUGAAGAAAGAGAUAGACGUCUGGCUGAGAAAGUCAAGCACUAAACAUUGUCGAUAUCAUUAUACAGUGUUUAAAGAAUAAAUAAAUGCAACAAGGAAGAUGA